ACCAACGUGGGAAAAACGGAGCAGAAGAGCGAAACAUGGCGACUUCGAACAAUCCGCGGAAAUUCAGCGAGAAAAUCGCUUUACACAACCAGAAGCAGGCAGAGGAGACAGCGGCGUUUGAGGAGGUGAUGAAGGACCUGAGCAUUACCCGGGCAGCCAGGCUACAGCUGCAGGACACAAAGUAUUUGCAGAUGGGAUCGAGCCGCGGGCCGUACUACGGAGGCUCUUUGCCAAAUGUGAAUCAGGUUGGAAACUGCACUGCUGAUCUGCCUUUUCAGAAUUCAGGCCUCGACACUAAUAGAUCCACCCGACACCAUGGUUUGGUGGACAGAGUCUACCGCGACCGGAAUCGCAUCACAUCGCCCAAUCGAAAACCUCUCUCUAUAGACAAACAUGGACGCCAGAUUGACAGCUGCCCAUAUGGAUCAGUGUAUCUGUCACCGCCGCCUGACACCAGCUGGAGAAGGACCAAUUCGGACUCAGCACUACAUCAGAGCACACUGACUCCUGCACAGCAAGUCUCCUUUGCCGGAGGCUCCCAGGAACUUCAGCCAAGACGAGUGCUAUUACUCACUGUACCGGGGUCUGGAGUCAUUAAACAAGAGGUGAAAGAAGAUGAACAAAAGCAGAACUGGGACUGUAAAAAGAACGUCUCCCAGUCUGAAUCCUGUCAAGUUCCUGGGAUCCACAUAUUCCCAACUCCAGACCAGCAGCUAACCCCGUCACACAAACCGGUCGCCCACAACAGUGGCGGUUCUCUUCCGGACCUGACCAACAUCCAGUUUCCUCCUCCUCUGCCCAUCCCACUUGACUCAGACGAAGCAGCCGCCACCUCGUUUGGCUCUCCCAGCGGCACACAGGCUCUGGCUUCCACACAAGGAGUGAACACCUCUCAGUCCACAGUAACCAUGGAGAUCCAGUCUGCCCAGGACAACAUGGUUCCUCUCAUUCUAAACGCAGGAGACUCACACCAGCAGCAGAACCUCUCCCAAAAUUCUCCACCACUCCCGCUUUCCCAGGCGGCCAUCAGCGCUAUGGAUCUUGAGCAACAGUUGUCCCAGUAUUCUUUCUUCAACCAGCAGUCAGUGCCCCAGACUCACCAGAACCAGCAGCAGACGGGUCUAGUACAGCUGUCUUCGUCUGUCAACUCCUGCUCUACGUCAGAUGACCAGACAUCUGCACAACCUAACAUGACCAUCGACAUGAACACGGCUGCCUCCCUGCAGCAGUACCGCCGCAGGGUUGGAUCAUCUGCCAAUCAAUCUCCAACCUCUCCUGUCUCCAAUCAAGGCUUCUCACCCGGAGGCUCACCUCAACAUAACUCCAUAUUGGGCAGUGUGUUCGCAGACUUCUAUGACCAGCAGCUGCCAUCCAUUCAGGCCAGCGCACUUUCUCAGCAGUUGGCGCAAUUCAACAUGAUGGAGACCCCAGUCAGCUCAGACAGCCUGUUCAGCCAGACCUCCACCCUCAACUAUUCCCAGGCUCUUAUGAUGGGGUUGACAGGCCACUGCAACCUUCAAGAUGCGCAGCAGCUCAGCUACAGCAGCCAUGUCAACAUCCCCAACAUCAUCCUUACAGUGAGUGGAGAGUCUCCUCCCAGCCUGCCUAAGGACCUGACCAGCUCGCUUUCCACAGACAUCAGCUUUGAUAUGGACUCCCAAUUCCCACUGGACGAUUUGAAAAUCGACCCUCUGACUCUGGAUGGCCUGCACAUGCUGAACGACCCGGACAUGAUCCUCGCAGACCCGGCCACAGAGGACGCAUUUCGCCUCGACCGGCUCUAAUUCCUGCUCUCCGCCUCAGCUUUCAUUGAAAAUCAGGGCCACUCAAUCACACCCCAUAAAAAUUCCUGGUUAACAGUUUGAGGGAGCUGGAUGACAGCAGAACCAGCCUGAAAAGCCAGACAGAUUCCAGUACAGCAGCCGGUUCACAGAGCGGACACUGAUGACCAGAAGAAACUCAGAACAGGUCCACUCCUCUCAGCCGGGCUUGGUGUUACGCUUUGAUCCGGAUGGGUUGUAAUAUAUCCCCCCGAGAGGCGCUGAGUCAUUACUUUUACUAUAUUUCUGAAAACAGUUUAUCCAAAAAAAAAAAUAAUAAUUUAAACAGAAAUCAUUUGUUAUGCAUGAAAUCAGAAAUCACUGUGGAUACUUGUUUUGCCUUAAAUGCUUGACGUUUAGUUUUUCAUGCAUAAAGAAAAAAUAACCCAACAGAUUCACAUUUAUUGCGUUGCAAGUUGCUUUGCCUGCAGCAUUUAUGUCGUCACAACUGCCUAAUGCAUUAAACCUGGGGGGGGGGCUGUUUAGUUUGGUGAACACAAUGUUUACAAGUUUGUUUAUUUGCUUUAAAAUGUGCAGAAUGUGGUCAGAUUUUUUUUUUGCGUAACGAUAUCUAUGCAAAAGGACGGACUGUAAAAAUGGAGCCAUUUGAAGGCGACGUAGAGGAUUCCUCUGGAACACAUGAGGGUGUAUUUAGACAAAAAAAAAAAAUUCAUUUUUUUAAAGGUUUAGUACAGAAGAAAA